AUGGCGCAGCGGCAGGGCGCUGCCAUCGACCGAGAUGAGAUCAUUAGACGGCGGUUCGACACGCAGGCCGCCUCGGUCAGGGGCCCCGGUGCGAUCAAGCGCUUGCUGAGGUCCUUCCUGGACAUGUCAGCCGCCGCGCAGGCGGGCGACCAGGCCCGUCUCGCCGAGGCCGGCAACCGCACGGUCCGCGAAGUGUGGCACUGGGAGGAGGACGCAAAGCGCCGCGCGAUCACGUCCACGGCGACCGAGCGCGAGCUCGAGCACUACAGGACGCUCAAGGAGGAGAAGGAGGCCGCCGUGCAGGCCGUGCGCGCGACCGUGGCCACCAGGAAGCGCGACCUCGAGGAGGCGCAGGCGUGGCGCCAGCGGCAGGAGGAGUACGAGGCGAAGCGGAAGAAGAUCGUCGCGGUGCCGGGGAGGGCGUCGACGAUCAAGAAGAUCCAGGACACACACGCGAAGAUCGACGCGAUCCGGCAGCGCGAGCUCGCGGUGGAGGCCGCUAUCGCGUUGCGCAAGCGGCAAGUGCAGCUGCUUGUGGCUGCGGCUGCGGACCUGCGGCGGUCGGUGGAGGAGGACGACCUGGUCGUGUCGAUGGACGAGGCGGCGCUCGAGCGCCUGCGCGUCUCGAGGGUCAGCGGAACGUGCGUGCGCUGGCGGGGGAGAACGACGCGGAGGAGGGCGAGGCGGACGGCGGCGGCGAGGGCCGCACGGAGGAGGCGCGGGGCGACGCGGGCGACGCCGAGGCGGGGGGGGCUGGUGGUGAACGGUCAGAGCAGCAGCAGACGCGGUCCGGGCAGGACACUCGCGGGGGCAGUCAGGCCGGGGAGAUGGAGGAGGGCGAGCUCUAGCCGUCGCUGUGAGGUCGUGCUGACUGCUGCUCGCUGA